GUACUUACUUAAUGAUGUGAUCUGUCAAAAAUGAAACAGCUAAUUAUACACUAUUAUAAGUAGCUCUUUCAUUUUUGACUCUUUACCCUUGUAACACCCUAAUAGGGUGGUCACAUAAUUGUUAUAUAUAACUUUGUGUAACUUUUUUUUCCGGUUCCGGUCACUGAAUAGUAAACACGUACGUCAACGUCCUCCACGAAAAUAAAAUAAUAUUUGGUGCAUAAAGUGUUUAUCAAGUGUGUAAAAACUGAAAAAUCAAACAAAUAAAUACCAAAGAACAUUUCGUUAAAACAAGAUUCACCGAAAAAUAAUAGUUUCGCGAGUGAAAGUGCUCACAAAUCAAUUAUAAACAUAACCUGCAAAAGUGCUUGUCAUCCUGAGCAUAGAUUAUAGACUUUGACAGUUUACAUCAACCUGACAUUAGUACCUAACUAGUGUUGCCAGUAUAAGAAAAAUAAUUUGCACUAACCUACCAUCGCCGACAAGUGUUGUCAGUUGAAGAAAACUAAAACACCCAAAAAAGAAAAUGAAUAUAGAUACGGCACUAUUGUUAGAGAAACUAAAUGAAAAACUAAACCAACAAACAUUAGUCAUAACAACUGCUGUAACAAAUAAUGUGUUGGAAGUUUUGAACGAAAAACUUUCAGGCUUAAUGGAAGAAAACAAUGUUCUAAAAAAUAAAGUAACAUAUUUGGAACAGAAACUAAAUAUCGCAGAAAAAGAGAAACGCAAGAACAACCUCAUCUUUUUUGGAAUACAAGAACUUGGCAAAACAGAAAUCGAACUGGUUGACUAUAUAAAAGACUUGAUAGAAGAUGCAGGUGUACAUUUGAACAGUCAAGAGAUCUCCAAUGUACAAAGAAUUGGUCGUUGGACGGGGAAGAAAAACCGCCCCGUAGUAGUAUCUUUCUCCUGCUUAUGGAAAAAGCACCUAGUCAUGAAGAAUAAAACUAACUUGCCACAGGACAUCUAUAUCAAGGAAGACUUUCCCAAGGAGGUUCUAGAAAAAAGGCGCCAAUUAAAAAUUCAAGCUGAUGAAGAAAGGAAGAAGGGGAACAUUGCUUUCAUAAAAUAUGAUAAACUUGUGGUGAAAACACACUCAGAGACAAGCCGAGACAAAAGAAAAAGAGAGGAGUCCAGUUCACCAAACGAGUCACAACAAAAGAAAACUACCACACAAACCAAAUCAGCACCGCAGCCUACCAAAACGAGUACAAACACAAUAGCGAAACCGGGAAUACUGAACUAUGUUGAGCGUACUAGAUCAGCCUCAUUAUCCGGCCUUUCAAAAAACUAACUACCGACAACGCCCGGAACCGAUACAACAACAAAAUUGCAACUAUAACAGAACCAACUCAAAAAAACUGCACCCCAAGCCGGCUAGUCACCGUGGGGCUAAGCGACUAUAACCCUCUAGAGAACCAAAAAGUCCAAAAUAUAUUGUCAAAACACAACACUAACGCAUUACUUAUUUGCACAUACAAUGUCAAGACAUUAGGCACGAAAGAAAAACUCCUUGAACUGAAAGAAACAAUGCAAAAUAUUAAAUACGACAUAAUAGGAUUAGCUGAAGUACGACGUUUAGGAACAAAAAUUACAGAAGAUGAAGAUCAUAUCUUAUGUACUACAGGUCAAACUCCAGGCCUAUACGGUGUCGGAUUUCUAAUAAAAACAAAGCUUAAACACAACAUCGAAAACUACACAGGAAUAUCAGAAAGAGUAUGUUUACUACAACUAAAAUUUGAUGAUUAUAAUCUUACUCUCAUACAAGUCUAUGCUCCAACAGAAAAAGCUAGCGAAGACGAAGUGGAAAAAUUUUACCAGGAAGUUCAGCUAGCCCAUGAAUUAGCAGGAAAGAAUGUGAUUUGCAUGGGAGAUUUUAAUGCUAGAAUUGGCACACCAAAAAAGGAAGAAUCGCUGAUUACUGGGAAAUUUGGGUAUGGAACCAGGAACAAACGAGGAGUAAGACUACUUCAUUACGCUUAUGAACAAAAUCUAACUAUAAUCAACACCUUAUU